AUGCCUUUGGCUGGGGAACAGUGGGGUGCGGGAAAGCGCGGCAAGCGGGGGGAGAAGUUUGAGCGCGUGGGGUGGUCCGCUGCAAUGGCGCAGUCCUCCCCCCUUGCGCACUCUCUUCCCGCCGAUGCCCCCGCGAAUUCCGCGCUCGCGUGUCGUGUCCAUCCCGCGCAUUCCGCUAGCAGCUCACCCGCCCCGCUCGUCACUUCAGCCACCGAGUUUCCCUCGAUUACUGACGAAGCUUCGAAGGAAGCUUCGGAAACGGUUCGCUCCUUGGAGUUCGAAACCAAUAGCCCCGCUGCCGCCGCGAGACGGCCAAAGAAAUUCUCCUCGCUAUUGUCACACUCCGGUAUUAGCAGCGACAUGCGAGCGUGCUCCUCGGGAGCAGCCGCCUCCACUCUCGCGUCGCCAGCGAGUUUCGAGACGUCCCGAAACUCGUCUGCUGCCGCGUCGCCAGGGGCGGGUCCCCCGGGGGCGGCGGCGUGCAGAGAGGCCGUAACGAGUGAGCUUCUGCGAAGAUUCGGAUGGGCGGACAGGGAGGUGGUGGAAGGGGUGCUGGCGGCGGUGGGGGGGGAGCGAGCAGCCGCGGAAGCAAUACUUGCGGAUAUGGGGGGAGAGGGAGCGAUGGGGGGAAUGGGGGGGAAUGGGGGAGAGGGGGCCAUGGGAGGAACGUGUGAAAGGGUAGCGGGAGCGGGUGUGGGGGACGAGGCGGAUAGGAGGGCGGGAGAGAUGGAGGAGGAAGGCGGGAAGCCGAGGGAGGCUGAUGGUCAUGAUGAUGUGGAUGGUGACUGUGAUGACGUGGAUGUCUUCCGGACGUUCCGAGCAGAGGCUUUAGCAGCAUCAAGAGCACACGCACGGCUCGCGGGACAAGCUGCCCGAGCAUACGACAGGGGCGACCACGCAGCUGCCCGGCAACUCUCCCACGCGUCAAGAGAGGAGAAGGAGCGGGCAGAGAGCCUCCACACGGAAGCUGCUGGGAAGAUUCUGGCGCACAGGAACAGGGGGCGGUCCUUGUGGGAGCUGGAUCUGCACGGGCUCUUACCGGGGGAGGCUGUAUCCGCGCUGGAGGGGAGGUUGAGGCAGCUGGAAGGGCAGGCGGGUGUGAGUGUGCAGGAGAAUGCUGCAGCAAGGGAGGCGUCUGUAGAAGAGCAGACAGGGAGGAGCAGCAUUGGUGCAGCAGAAGAGCAGGUGACAGCAGAAGAGCAGGUGUGGCGGAGCAGUGGUGUGGUUCUCCCAGCUAAGGUGCUGUCGUCAGCUCGGCCUGAGCUGAUGGUCAUCACUGGUGUGGGGCGGCACAGCAGUGGGGGGCAGCCGAAUUUGCCAAUGGCGGUGAAGAGAUUUCUCCAUGAAGCAAGUCCCCGCCAUACUACCUGCGCUGUCGCCGCUUCUCCCGCCGUUGCCGACAACCCACCCUCUCUCUUAGAUCUUGUGCCAGAGAUCAAAAUUGAGAAGCUCGAUAUUUCCUUCCCAGCUUACAAUCCCGAAGAUACCGCCGGCACACUUGACCUGAUCGUCGUCGGCGCCGGUCCCGCCGGCUUAUCCGUCGCACAGCAAGUAGCGUCGCACGGCAUGAAAGUAUGCUGCGUGGACCCUGCUCCCGAGUCCAUGUGGCCAAAUAACUACGGCGUGUGGGUCGACGAAUUCGAGGCGCUAGACCUGACGGACUGUCUAGAUUACGUUUGGCAAAAAGCCGUGGUGUAUUUAGACGACGGCAAGCAGAAGUAUCUGGACCGGCCGUACGGGAGGGUGAGCCGGCGAGCACUAAAGAUGAAGAUGGCGUCGCAAUGCAUCAAGAAUGGGGUCACCUUCCACACAGCUAAGGUGGACAGCGUGGAGCACACAGCAGAUAACUCGGUGGUGCGAUGCAGCGACGGCACGGAGAUUAGAGCGGCGCUGGUGCUGGACGCCACAGGCUUCUCGCGACGCCUCGUGCAGUACUCGCAGCCGUACAACCCGGGCUACCAGGCCGCGUGGGGAAUCGUUGCCGAGGUGGACUCACAUCCGUUCGCGCUGGAUCAGAUGGUGUUCAUGGACUGGCGGGACUCGCAUCUCGCCCCGGGGACGCCCAUGCAGAAGAGCAACGCCGACCUCCCCACCUUCCUCUACGCCAUGCCCCUCUCCCCGACCACCGUCUUUCUAGAGGAGACGUCGCUAGUGGCGCGGCCAGCCGUGGCGUUUGACGAGAUCCAAAGGCGCCUGGAGAAGCGCCUGGCGCACCUGGGCAUCAAAGUGAACGCCAUCACCGAGCAAGAAUAUUGCCUGAUCCCCAUGGGAGGUGUGCUGCCAGACAUGCCGCAACGUGUGCUGGGGAUAGGAGGCACAGCGGGCAUGGUCCACCCCUCCACUGGCUACAUGGUGGCACGGACACUGGCAGCAGCGCCAGUGGUGGCGGCGGCAAUAGUGAAGCAGCUGGAGCGGGAGGGGCGGGAGCAGGGCGAGCGGAGGGGCGGCGACAGCUUGUCAGCAAGCGUGUGGGAGGACGUGUGGCCGCUGUGGCGCAAGGAGCAGCGCGAGUUCUUCUGCUUCGGCAUGGACGUGCUGCUCCGGCUGGACCUAGCAGGCAACCGGCGGUUCUUUGACGCCUUCUUUGACCUCACGCCCUACCAGUGGCAUGGCUUCCUCUCCUCUCGCCUCAACAUCAUGGAGCUCAUCUCAUUUGGUCUCUCGCUAUUCAAGCACGCCUCCAACCCAGCGCGGAUUGAGAUCAUGGCCAAGGGACUGCCUGGCCUUGGCACACUCAUUCAAAACGUCGUCAAGAUGCGCGUUUAG